AUGGGUACUGCAGUCGCUCAAUCAUUUAGGAGCGUACGUGUUAAAGAUUUGUGGCCUCGAAUGGAAGUGUUACGUACGUUUACGUUUGCCAAAUCGUUUUACUGGUAUUUUGAUGAAGAAUGGACACUUAUUGAUAGAAUAACUUCUGCUCGUGUUAUGCCUAUUUUACAACUAAUGAAUUUCGCCAUUGUGAUUAAUAGUGAUGAUCUGGAUCGAAUGCGACACUCAGCCCUCUUCAAUGAUCAUCGUAAUGUUGCUGUUCAUUAUGCAUUCAUUAUUAAUGAUGGUGGAUCACAUAUGAAAUUAAGUGAAUGUGUACCUUGUGGCAGUCAAACUCAUCCUCGCCCAAUAGGUAGUGCAACAUUUGCUUGUGAAUGUCUGCCUAAUAAUCAACUGUUCCAAACUUCAGGUCAAUGUUAUAUUACUCUUCUUUAUGAUUGUCUUCCUUUUGCAAAAGGUGAUUGGACUGCUUUACAUUGCCUCUCGAUUUUACUACAGUUGCACUCUCUACAUGUGCUUUUAUAUGAUAUGCGUAUUCCACCAGAUGAUACAAGCUUACAGAUUAUUACAGAUAUAACACCAAUGAUCUCCAACUUCGCCUUUUGUUUUCGACGUCGUUACAAUCAUAAUGGUUUUGGUGUCGACUUGAUAUAUACGGAACAUUCUUUAUUCAUUGAAAAACUGCGACAACGUAUUCUUGCAUUCGAGCAAAGGAAAGAAGCGUAUGUUAUUGUUGACGAAGAUGGUUGUGGACUAAUCAUGUGGUUUUGA